GGAUAAAGCAGUUACUCGAUUGGCCGUAACUUAGCGCUACCGCAACCAAUUGAACGCGACUUUGCGGUCACAUAGAUCCGCCCCCUAGAAUGCCACUAUGAUCUCUCAGCUCUUCAUCCUGUCCUCCAAAGGUGACCUCCUCAUACACAAGGACUAUCGAGGUUGCUCGGCCCACUCCAAUGUGGCUGAUGGUCUCUAUCUCAAGCUGUCUUCUGUGCCAUCAGACCAGGCCCCUGUAGUCACGGAACAUGACGGCUGUCACUAUAUCCACGUGCGGAAUCAAGGCCUUUUCUUCGUCGUCAGCCUUAGCCCCAGCGAUUCCCCAUUCAUGUACAUUGAGCUGCUAAACCGAUUGGCCUCCCUCAUCAAAGAUUAUUGCGGAGACCUGAGCGAAGCUGUUGUACGACUCAACUUUGCGCUGAUUUAUGAGUUACUGGAUGAGGUUCUGGAUUAUGGCUAUAUCCAAACCACAUCCACAGAGAUGCUUAAAAAUUUCAUCCAGUCAGAUGCUGUGGUCAGCAAGCCUUUCAGCCUAUUGGAUAUGAGCAGUGUUGGGCUGUUCGGAGCAGAGACCCAGCAGAGUAAGGUGGCUCCCAGUUCGGCUUCCAGUCGGCCCGUGCUGUCCUCGCGCCAUCAGCAGGGAGAACAAAAUGAAAUCUUCUUGGAUGUUACUGAACGUAUGACAGUCGCCAUAGGGCCAAAUGGCUCACUCCUAAAGGCUGACGUUCAAGGUGAACUUCGACUCAAGAAUUUCUAUGCAAAUUGCCCAGAGCUGCGCAUUGGACUCAGCGAAGAGUUCUGUGUCGGGGGCUCAGAGAUCAGAGGAUAUGGCUGUGCUGUGCGCGUGGAUGGCUGUCAGUUCCACGAGUCGGUCAAACUGGAUGAAUUUGAGAGCAAUCGCAUCCUAAAGGUGGUGCCGCCCCAGGGUGAGCUCACCGUCAUGCAGUACCAGAUCUCCGACAGCCUCAGCACUACUCUACCCUUCCACUUGUUCCCCAGUCUGGAGAGAGAGCCCGGCAGCAGCCGAUUGCGCAUGUACUUGAAACUACACUGCGACUUGAGUCCUAAGAGCCAAGCAAUUAAUGUCCGUAUACAGAUACCUGUGCCAAAGGGAACCAGCAGUGUCUCUCAGGAACUCAGCAGUCCAGACCAGAGUGCGGAGCUGUUACCGAGCUUGCAGUCUCUUGCUUGGAGCAUUCCGAGGAUCCGCGGAGGGACACAGCUCUCAGCUCUCUUUAAGGUGGAUACCUCUGCUAGUGUUUCCCUUCCGUCUCUACUAGACCUGCCUCCUCUCAACCUCUCCUUCCAGAUCCCAUCCAUCACCUGUUCCGGCCUUCAGAUCCGCUUCCUGAGGCUGCCCAGCGAGCGCCUGUGCCCAGUCCAUACGUGGGUUCGGUACCUGACCCAGAGCGACUCUUACAGCGUUCGGCUGAGGUGACUGUGAGCUUCUGUGCUCCCUAUAUACCGCGUAAGGACUGCACAUUAUCUUCCGGCAACAAACUCACCUCAAGAUGUUGAUUUGAAUAAAUGCAAGAAUGAAGAGUUUUGCAGAAUAAACAAACGUUUAAUUAAUGGCUAACUGAAUAGGAAACAACUGCGCUUGGGUCGCUAACACAAAGUAAUCCCGAAGUUUGGCUUCGCUCUGGGAUAUCGGCUGUAAGUUAAACGCCCUCCUGUAUAACAGAGAUCAGUGUAAUUCAUAUAGAUAGGACUGUGCAUAUGAAUGUGACUAUUACGUGUAUACAGACAGAUGAGAAUAUAUGCGCUAUAUAGCUAUAUAUAAUAUAUAUAUAAACCUUCCUUACCUCCUCAUAUAGUGCAGAAUCAAACAGAUCUGGCUUGUACUGAAAGUAAAAAACAAAAGAUAUUUUUAUUCCUAUUUAGUGACUGCUUACAAAGCAGCAGUUGAAGGUUUGCUCACUCCUUACCUCUGCUGAACCCUCGCUGCUCUCAUCCUCUUGUAUCACGUAUUCGUCUUCCUCCUCCUCCUCCAUUAAGCUCAGCCUAUGGCAGGAAGGCAGACGUGUUUGUGUGGAUGCACAGCAGUGAGUACGAGCACAUUCAGUGAGUGGAAUGUUUUGUGACAGUGCCGAUGCAUAGGGGCCUGUUUAUCAUGCUGUGUAAAUAAAAUGGCGAUCAAAUAACA